GUGUGGACCGCUGACCCGUGUGGACCGCUGACCCGUGUGGACCGCUGACCCGUGUGGACCGCUGACCCGUGUGGACCGCUGACCCGUGUGGACCGCUGACCCGUGGUUUAUGUUACUAUAAUAUGAUGGUUGUUAUUAUGUUAUCAUCAUUUUAAAAACCCCCUUAGGGCCGUAAAGUAAGUUCAACCUGUUUUUUUUUUUUCCCUUUCUUUCUCUGUACAUCCCUUUGAAAAUCUUCAUUUCCCAUCGCACGUGCGGGAAUGGGAAUGGCCCCGAUUCCCAUAACCAUCAUCACAGGUUUCCUAGGGUCGGGCAAAACCACCCUGCUCCUUAACCUAGUCCCGCAGCUCCGCGCCGCUAACCCUGCCUACCGCCUCGCCCUCCUGAAGAACGAGUUUGGCGAUGUAGCUAUCGACUCGCAGCUUGCCUCCUCGAGCGCUGUCUCCGGCGUCCAGGAAUUACUCAAUGGGUGCAUCUGCUGCAACCUCGUCGGCCAGCUGAGCACCGCCCUCGCCGAGCUGCGCCAUUCUGUCCGCCCCGACCGUAUUGUCAUCGAGACCUCAGGCUCUGCGUUCCCCGCUACCCUGGCUAUCGAGGUCAAUCGACUGGCGCGCGAGACUGGGGGCCACUACGUACUUGAUGGUGUGGUUAGCGUAAUCGACGUUGAGAAUUGGAAGGGCUACGAGGACACGAGUUAUACGGCGCGUGUACAAGCCCGGUACACCGACUUGAUCGUCUUCAAUAAAUGGGAGGCGUGCGACGAGCGCAGGUUUGACGAGUGCCUUGAUCGGGUCGGUGAUCUCGAAGUUGACGUCGCCUGGGUAAAGAGCGAUAAGGGGCGUGUCCCUGUGGACGUCAUAUUUGGCAUUGAUGGUGGAUUGGCGAGAACCCUAACGGAAGGGUCGGCGGCGAAUGGUGGUCACCAUUCCCAUCACAAUCACGAUUCAAACCACGAUGAUGGCCAUAGUCACCAGAGUGAGGUUGAAGUACUGUCAGUUAGUCUCACGGGAAGCGCCGACAGCGCUGUCAAUGCGACGAAGUUGAUGGCACUGCUGAACGCGGUACCCAAGGAUGAAGUAUACAGGAUCAAGUCGGUAUUGACAGCAUCCUCGACGGUUCAAGGUUCUAGCGAAGACGAGUCGGCACUGCCGUCUACUCCGCCGAAUCGUUCGGGCAGGUACAUUUUGAACUGGGCGUUUGGGAGGUGGACUUUCACACCUCUUGACCCAGAGACGGUCGAGCACGACUCAAGCCAUCAAAUUAUACUACGCAUGACGAUGAUUCUAGCAAGGUAUGAAAGCGCCAAGUGGAAAAACAAAUUAGAAACAGGUGGGUUUCUCGAGCUAGACGGCGAUGAAAAAGGCGAGCUGAAAGUUGUUGGCGUUUCUUAAAUUUACAAUACCUACUCCUUUAUUAUUAUUAUUAUUAUUAUUAUUAUUAUU